UUCGAUUCCACCAGCAAUCAAAGAAACUCCCCAAUGUCUUCAUCAUCUUCUUCAUCUUCUUCAACACUUCCAUGGAAACACGAUGUUUUCCUCAGUUUCCAUGGCGAGGACACCCGCAAAGCUUUUACUGAUCAUCUAUACGUUGGUUUAAAAAAGAAAGGUAUUAUUGCCUUCAGGGACGAUGAAAAACUCGAGCGGGGAACGUUCAUAGCUCCGGAGCUCUUAAAAGCAAUAGAAGAAUCCAAGCAUGCGGUCGUCGUUCUCUCACCAAACUACGCUUCUUCGAGGUGGUGCUUGAUUGAACUCGCUAAGAUCGUUGAAUGCAUGAAAAAGACAGGGUUGACAGUUCUGCCUGUUUUCUACCAUGUGGAUCCUUCUGAUGUGCGUAAACAGGCAGGUAGUUUUGCAAAAGCCUUCGUCAACCAUGAACAAGAUCCCAGAAUUACAAAUGAGGAUUUGCAAACCUGGAAAGCUGCUUUGCAAGAUGUGGGCUAUAUCUCAGGAUGGCCCUUAGAUAUAUAUCGUUACAGGUAUGAAUCAACGAUUGUUGAAGAGAUCAUUGCGACCGUAAAUAGGGAUGCAGGUAAUAGCCAACUCUCGAGUGUUAAUUCCAGGGACCAUGUUGGGAUAGAAUUACGUGCGGAGAAAGUGAUGGAUUUACUCAACAUGGAGAAGGAUGAAGUUCGGUUUAUAGGGAUAUCUGGGUUGGGUGGAGUGGGUAAAACCACCUUGGCAAAACUCAUUUGUGACAGAAUUUCAUAUAAAUUUGAAGCUUAUAGCUUUAUUUAUAAUAUCAGGGAAGAAGCCGAAAGACAUGGUCUUGUUUAUUUACAAAGAAAACUUCUUUCAGACGUGCUUAUCAUGGAGAGAGAAACAGUAGGAAAUGGAUGGAAUGAUCAUACAGUGACAAAAAAUAUGGGGAGUCGACUACGUGGGAGAAAGGUUCUUAUUAUUUUGGACGAUGUGAAUAAAGCAAGUCAACUAGAAGCAUUAGCAGGGGAGCAUGAGUGGUUUGGAAGAGGGAGCAGAGUAAUUGUAACUGGUAGAGACAAACAGCUGUUGACAAGCAAUAAGGUGCAAGCUAUAUAUACGGUAAGUGGAUUAGAUUCUGAUGAAGCACUGCAACUUUUUAGUCGGAAAGCCUUCGGGAAAUCCUAUCCCGAACAAAAUUAUUUGAGUCUAUCCAUCGAUUUUGUAAAUUAUGCAGACGGCCUUCCUAUAGCUCUAAAAGUUCUGGGUUCCUCCUUGUUUGGUAAAUCGACAGAUAUAUGGGAAAUUUCAAGGGAUCAACUCAAAUCCAAUCCUGAUAGAGAAAUUUUUGAUAUACUGGAAAUAGGUUUUGAAAAACUGGGGGAUAUGGAGAAAAAAUUAUUCUUGGACAUUGCAUGUUUCUUCAGAGGAGAGGACACAAAUAGCAUAAAGGAUAUACUAAAAGGUUUAGGUUACCUUCCAGAUUGCAAAAAAAAUAUAGAUGUACUUGUGGACAAAUCUCUCAUAAGUGUUGUUGGGAGAAAACUGUGGACGCAUGACUUGCUACAAGAAAUGGGCCAAAAUAUAGUUCGUCGUGAAUUUCCGGAAGAUCCUGGCAAGCAUAGUAGGUUGUGGCUAUGGGAAGAUGCGAUUUCUGUUUUGAAGAAUGCUGAGGGAACAGCAGCAGUUAAAGGCAUAGUCCUCAACUACUUACCUCCACAAAAGGAGGAACACUUGGAUCCUGAAGCCUUUUCUACCAUGAAGAAAAUGAGAUUGCUUAAAAUCAGCAAUGUGUUCUUUCCUCGAGGCCUAAACUAUCUUUCCAAUGAGUUACGCCUUAUCGAAUGGCAUGGAUAUCCUUUAAAAUCCUUGCCAACUAGUUUCAAACUAAAUGCAAACAAUUUAAAGUACAUUGACCUGAGUGACUCUAAAAACUUGAUCGAGACCCCGGAUUUUACUGGAGCCCCAAAUCUUGAGACACUAAUUCUUCAAGGCUGCACAAGUUUGAAUUGGGUGCACCCAUCCAUUGGACUUCUCAAACGGCUCAUCGAAUUGAAUCUAAAAGGUUGCAAAUGUCUUCGAAACCUUCCAGACAAUAUUAGCUUGGAUUCUCUUCAAAUUCUUGAUCUUUCUGGCUGUUCAAGAGUCCAGAAGUUUCCAGAAAUUGUGGGAAAUAUGGAACGUUUGUCGGAGCUUUAUUUGGACGGGACAUCCAUAAAAGAACUGCCCUCUUCAUUUGGGAGUUUAGGCGGCCUUAUUGUAUUGAGUUUAAGAGAUUGUAAGAGCCUUUCAGUUCUUCCGAGCGUCGUUCUUGGUUCUUCAUCUCUUAAAACUCUCAUUUUAUCUGGUUGCUCAAGUUUUGAUGACAACAGGCCAGAAAACCAAAGGACUAUGGAAUGUUUGCUCUUCUGUUGUCCUUUCUUGCUGAGAGAAAGGACGGAUUCUAUCAGCUUAUUGUUGCCGGAUUCAUUCUCAGGUCUAAACUCUUUAAUAUCACUAGAUCUAAGUGAAUGCAAUCUAUCGGAUGGAUCGAUCCCCAGUGAUCUCAGAGGCCUCUCCUCACUGCAGUCUCUAAAUCUCAGUGGGAACAAAUUUACGAGCAUACCAGAUAGCAUUCUUCACCUAAGCUCUCUAAUUUCUUUAAAUCUAAGUGCCUGCAAUCUAUCGGAUGGAGCGAUCUCCAGUGAUCUUACACACCUAUCCUCACUGCAGUAUCUAAAUAUGAGCCGGAACGAAUUUACGAGCAUACCAGAUAGCAUCCGUCAACUUUCCAAGCUCGUAGAGCUCGACCUGAGAGAUUGUAGAAUGCUUCGGUCACUUCCAGAACUUCCAUCAAGUGUAUUAUAUGUAUGGGAACAAGGUUGUGUUUCAUUGGAAACAUAUUCUGAUAAACCUACACUGUGGACUUCAAAUGCAACAGUCACUGUUGUACGUCGCUCUACAUCAGCUGAGCAUGAAGACGGAAGAAUUUAUUCGAAUAUUCCAGUUUCAGAUGCACAGAUUCCUCUGUUGCUUGGAAGAAACCAGCUUGAGGCAGAAAUAAAUCACAAUCAUGUAUUCUGCAUUUCUUCUUCGUUACAAACUGCAAUUCCAGAGUCGUUCACCAUUCAGACUGGCACUGAUUCCUCAGCAACACUGCCGUUGCAUCUAGAAUUAGAUAAUAACAGUAAGUGGGUGGGAUAUGCUAUGUUUGUCGUUUAUGAAGUUCGGGAGCACGAAAAUUUGAAUUCUAGGCCGAGUUCGGAUUCGAAAGAUGGUCACCAGUUUGUUUGUCAUUUUGAGACUGAUCAUCUAAAACAUGAACCCUUGCCGUUUCGCGUCCCUAGAGUCCCUUCCGCUAAGCUAAUUGGGAUGUGGAUACAUAUACCAUAUGCGUGGUUUUCAAAAUGGUCAAAUAACUUGGAUAAAUGGAGCUUCAUUGAUGGUUCAGUUACAUCAGGCAGCCUAGGCGUGCAUGUGAAAAAGUUUGGGGUGCGUUUGCUGUAUGAGCAUGAUGCUUUGGAGUUUGUUGAAGACGUACGCCGGCGUUCUUUGGGUGGUUUGUACCAUGUCAACCAUUCAAGUUAUUACAAAAUUGGGACUUACAUUUUGGAUUUGCCUGCGAGUGUUGAUGACGUAGAGUGCUCUUCAAAGCAUUCUAAUUGCAAUAGCAUACCUUGCCCUGUCUCAUUUGAUCAGGACAGAGGUGCUAAAGUUGACUCAACCAUUCAGCUGAAAGAAGAUCUUCAGAAGUUGCUUACAAAAUGCUUUGAGGUCUCUCUCUCCUCUCUCCUCUCUCUCUCUAUCUCUCUCUCUCUCUCUCUAAAAACUGUAUAUCUAUUCUUUGCAGGUUAAAUAUGCAAGAAAAAAAAUAUACAAAUAUAUUUUUCCACAAAGUGCAUCACAAUUGUUGCCAUGGUUCCGCACUCAUUCUUUUACGACCCCACAAACAGGGACCCAUCUGCCUUCAAAUUUGCAUGACGAUAAGAGUUGGGUUGGAUUUGCUCUAUAUGCUUGUUUUCCUCUCCAGAAGCCUCCGACUGUUUCUAGAGACAAUCCAUGCUCAAGAAUUUCCUUCAACUUCAUCUGUUCUUUGGACACCAAUGAUGAUUGUCUUCAACCUAUAGUGAUCUUUCCGGUCACUGAAGAUAAGUUUGUUGAAUCACAUCGCCUUGUGUUAUUUCACAUACCACGUGAGUUUUUCAACCAUAAGCUGAAUCAACAGAAUCGUAUCAACGCUAUAUUUGGAUGCUGCGACGGUCCAGAAAUGGAGGUUCAAGCAUGUGGAAUCCGCAUAAUAUAUGAGCGAGAUUUGGGCGGAUUUGUUGAAACGAUAGUUGAUCACAUGUUAAGGAGUCCGGAUGUCCACCAUCAAGGUUAUCACCAACGUCUUCUUGAUCAAGUGGAGGUUUUGCAAAGCUAUGUUCAUCAUGAUGACGUUGAAUCUAGUGAGCCUUUAGAAGUUGAAAUGCCCAGUGAUUUUUACCAAUCUUCCUCGUUGCAAAGGAGGAGGCUUCGAUCCCAGCAAAAGCAUCCGCCAAGUACUAUUAAACAGAUACCACGACAGAAUAGAAGUUCACUUGCAACAUACUCGGGUCAAGUUUCCGCCCGGGGUGCUUCAAGAGAUUCAACGUUUAAUGUUACCCAGGAUUUCUUUGAUAAUGAAGGCCAAGCUUAUAGUAAUUGCUUUCUGGAAGAUGGAGUGCCGGAGUGGUUUUCGAGUCACAAUGGUUCCUCAAUGAUGAUCCAACUCCCUUUAGAUUUUUGCGAGAAUUCUAAUUGGAAAGGAAUUGCUCUAUGUGCUGCUUUCGAGAUCCUAAAGCAUCCUAAUCUCAUACACGACGAUGUUGGUACAAAAUUUUCUUAUGAGAUUACUUGUUUUGUUGGAAGAGACAUUAAUUGGGCAAUAGAAAUUCCCCAGACCAUCACUGAGACUGAAAUCAACAAAUAUAUUGGGCUAAAUCAACGCCGAUUCAUUUGGGUAGUGUGCAUACCGCGUGGUUUGAUUCUGGGCGAGAAGAAAAAAUGCAAUCUCACCCUCCGCAUCUCAUUUACGACCAAUUGCCAUCAUUUAAUGGUGCCCACGUGUGGUUGUCGUCUUGUACACCAGAAAAAUGUUGCAGAGUUGGUGCAAAUGAUAAUCCAGUUCUCCACCGCUCCUCCCAUCAAUUCCCAUCAAUUUGUUGCAGCUGACGAGGGACCAAACACUGGAACUGGGAGCUCUUAUGAGAGAUUGGCACUAAAAUGUAUAAACUUUAUAAGAAAGCGCUCUAAGGACUUUGAAAGUUUUGAUGUAUACGAGUAUGAUAACUGUUUCCCUCCAAGUUUCCCUCCGAGUGAAAUUCUAGAGUUUUUCAGCUCUAGCAAUUCUGGUCCUACAGCGACAAUAGAGCUGCUUGACAAGGAUUUGAAUUGGACAGGAAUUUCUCUAUAUGCUUUAUUUUCAGUCCAAGAUUACCCCACUGAACUGCUUGACAAUCCGGAAGCUGAAAUUCCUCACCACCUAAUUUGCCAUUUUGAAACAGAGAUGGAUAGUCUGAAACGUCUCCACGUAUAUCGCACCACUAGAGAAGAAUUCAAGUGGUCAUCAAGUCUUCGCGGAUUCAUCUGGCUAUCAUAUAUACCACACCGGUGCCUUCCAAAUGGGAUAAAUCGGUGUAAUCGCAUAAAGGCUUCAAUCGUAAGCGAUUGCCAAGGCGUUACUGUGCAGAACUGUGGACUUCGUCUAGCACAGAACCCGCAAGAUGGGAGAGACAUUUGGCAAAUAAUGUUCCAUUGUGCUGUCUCGUUUUUGGACCAUUGGGAUAUAUUUCGUAGAGAUGUUGCACAACAUGAUUGUACACGAGAAGACAACAUGAUUUCGAUUGAUCAUUCAGGUUCCAGUAGUACUACUAGUACUAAUGCUAGACCCAUAAGGGCCGAUGACCAAGGCAGCAAAAGUGACUCAACUACACCGCAUGAUAAAGAUCAAAACCACGAGGUCGCUCUCUCUCUCUCUCUCUCUCUCUCUCUCUCUCUCUCUCACACACACACACAC